UCUGUUUUAUGAACAGAUACACAUUAAUAAGCAACUUGGUCUUUCUCUACAAGAGAGGAGUACAAGGGGAACAUCAAUCGUGUAUCAAGUGGAGUACAAAACAAUAUGCCUUCUGUUUGUGGUGAUAUGAUCGAUACGGCUGCUGCCUCGCAAUCAAGCGUCAUGGAAGGCAUCUCCAGUACGGAUAGUGUGGGAACACAGAGUGACAUAUCGGGGCACACAACAGUACCAGGGAGGCCCAGAAUGGACGUGGCCUGCGUCUUGGAUUUGCAGCAAUCGGAACAUCUUGUUCAACGAAAGAAAGCACUAGAUGAAGUUAGACAGGCUUGCAAUUUGGUCAAUGCCAAUAUACAUCAUAUACAGUUUGAAAAACUUGAUUUUGGCGAAACUAAUGUGCUGGACACAUUUUAUAAUGCUGAUGUGGCAGUUGUGGAUUUAAGUAUACAAUUGCAACAAUCUGCGCUGUUUUAUCAUCUCGGUGUCAGGGAAAGUUUUGGAAUGAAGGAAAACAUUUUGCUAUAUAAUGACAUAGAUACAGAAGCUACAAUUAGACUCAAGUUAUCCUGUGGCAGUUACACAUUUGUUUCGUAUCGCGUUGUGGAAUCGUGUGGAUCAUGUGUGGCUACUAAUCCAGCAACCAGCAGAAUCACAGGCGAAGAAACAAUAGAUCCUAAACAGCAUCUCACUCUGAAACUCAAGAAAUUGUUUCAGGAUGUAGAAAUACAAUCCAAAGCACAUAUGAAGGAGAAAUUUUUGGCAGAUCUACGAAAGGCGCGUGAAACAUAUUCUGGAGAAGAACUUUCCAGAGCACUGAAUAACAUGCGCAAACGUUUAGAUGAUCCAAAUGUUCUAUCAGGAGAGGUCGUUUUAAAUGUUCUCAUUUCAUUCCGGGAAAUACAGGAUUAUGAUGCAAUGGUACAAUUGGUUGACGAUUUGAGAACUAUACCAACUCAUAAGAAUUAUAUAAAUACUCCAGCGAUAAGGUAUUUAUAUGCGUUUGCUUUAAAUCGACGGAAUAAAGAGGGUGAUCGAGAAAGAGCACUAAAGGUUAUCGAGAAAGCACUGGAAAAAAAGGAAAAUCAUGUUCCCGAUAUGUUAUGUUUAUGUGGAAGAAUAUAUAAAGACAAAUUUGUCGAAAGUAGACAUACAGAUCAGGAGAGUUUAAAAAAUGCGAUUCACUGGUAUAGAAAAGGUUUUGAGGUUCAGCCUAAUGAAUAUGCUGGUAUAAAUCUUGCUACUUUAUUGGUCAUAGCCGGAAACGAGUUUUCUAAAAGUGAGGAAUUACAACACAUAGGAAUGGUAUUAAAUAACUUAAUUGGCAAGAAAGGUAGUUUACCGAGCUUAAAAGAUUAUUGGGAUGUAGCAACAUUCUUUGAAAUUAGUGUAUUAGCGGAAGAUUAUUCAAAAGCUAUACAAGCAGCUGAAUGUAUGUUUAAAUUGAAGCCACCGAAUUGGUAUCUGAAAUCAACAAUUGGCAACAUAUCACUGAUAGAUAGGUUCCGUAAAAAAAAUGAGGAAGCUGAGAUUGCACCGGAGGAACAAAUAUUUAGUUUCUGGAUGGACUACUUUGUCGAAGCUACAAAGCCGGAGGUUGGCGAUAGUAUACGGUUUCCAAUUUUAGUGUUGGAACCAACAAAAAUUUUAAUGCCGAGUUAUGUAAACGUGAAUCUCGGCGCGGAGGAGAAGUCUAUACAAAUAUGGAAUUUAUGUCUGGAUAAUAUGAGAAACAAUUGCAAACAAGUUCACGAUUGGUUGUUUACUGCAAAUAUGAUACGUAGCGUAAGCUUGUAUAAAAGGGAUGAAAGAUGUCUUUUUCUGUACGUUCAUCAAAAUUCGGAUGAUUUUCAAAUGUAUCUACCAUCAGUACAAUGUAGGCAAAGAUUUUACGACUUGAUCUUAGAAAUGACUAGAGAUCAAGAAGGCAUGGUUACAGAUUUGGAUGCUUACAUGACUGAUGAUCGCAUGAAGUUCGAGUAUGAAUUGGAUGAUCAAAACAAGCGCAUAAUUCUCGGUAAAGGUACAUACGGCGUGGUGUACGCAGCGCGUGAUUUAAAUACGCAAGUCAGGAUUGCAGUGAAAGAAAUUCGUGAAAGAAAUUUGGGUGAUGUACAACCUCUUCAUGAAGAAAUUAAAUUACAUAGUCAAUUGAGGCACAGAAAUAUUGUUCAAUAUUUGGGCUCUGUAAGCGAGGAUGGAUAUUUUAAAAUCUUUAUGGAGCAAGUUCCUGGAGGAAGUUUAUCAGCUUUGCUAAGAUCGAAGUGGGGCCCUUUGAAAGAAAACGAAUCAACUAUUUCAUAUUAUACUAAACAGAUGUUGGAGGGUCUUAAAUAUCUCCAUGACCAAAAAAUAGUUCAUAGAGAUAUAAAAGGUGAUAAUGUGUUGGUAAAUACAUACAGUGGAGUAGUAAAAAUUUCUGAUUUCGGUAUGUCCAAACGUUUGGCUGGCUUAUGCCCGAGUACAGAAACAUUUACUGGAACAUUACAGUAUAUGGCACCAGAAGUUAUUGACAAAGGUCAACGUGGUUAUGGUGCGCCUGCGGAUAUUUGGUCUUUAGGUUGCACGAUAGUUGAGAUGGCCACCGGAAAACCUCCGUUCAUUGAGCUAGGUUCUCCACAAGCAGCUGUUUUUAAAGUGGGAUAUUACAAAAUACAUCCUGAGAUUCCAUCAGAGUUAUCUGAAAGAGCAAAAAGUUUUAUAUUACGUUGUUUUGAGCCGAAUCCUGAUAUAAGAGCAACCGCGGCAGAAUUGUUGGAGGAUCCAUUUCUUAAUGAGAAAAAGAAAAGUAACAGAUUAGUCGCACCACCAGAUUUUAGUAGAAGCAUAUCAGUUCCUGCAGACAGAAUGGAACGUUUGGGGAAAUGCGAUAAAACAAAUAAUAAUCACAUUGUCUCUGCCACACCUAUGCAGAUGUCUCAAUCCGAUGAUAGUGGAGGGUUAACGAAGUCUAGCCCAUUGAGGGAACGCAGCCCAGCUCACCUAUUAUCCCCCAUCAGCAUGCCUACUGCAACCCUCUCUUUUAACAGUACAAUAGGGAAUACUCCAUCGAUAGAAACUAGUGAAACUGACACAGCUGGUGUCUCAAUAACUAGAAGAAGUUCGUCUGGUGGCUUGUUAUCACCAGAAGUUGAAUUAGGAGGACAACCAGGACAAAAAUCUGGAGAAGAACAAGAGGGUUUUUAUCUGUUAAAGAAGGAUAGUCAAAGACGUAUGACAUUAACAAGGGUUCUCAACCAGGAUGAAGCAAAAAUUUGCGAGGUGUGGAUGAGAGGUAUACAUCAAGCGGAAGGACAAACUGUGUUGCAAAUGAGUCACUUAGUGUUGCUCAUGCGUGGUUUGAGGGAUUAUAUAGCAGAGCAAAAUCAGGAAGUAAUAGUAACCGCUAUUCGAACGUUGAAAGAGGAAUUGGAUUUCGAUUCGACCGCUAUUAAUCAUCUACAUUUGGCUAUUUAUUUAUUUCAAACAGCAGCAAAUGAGGUUCUCAGAAUGCACAGUAUAAAGCCACAUUGGAUGUUUGCUUUAGACAAUUUAGUAAGAAAUGCUGUUCAAGCUGCUAUUACAGUUUUAUCUCCCGAAUUGGGUGCCAACUUACUUGGACAAGAACGAGUACAACCUGGUGGUCAAGGUCCUGAGGAAGGAUCAACAUCUGGGGUAUCAACGGUAAAUUCUGUGAAAUCUCAAAAAACCGCUGACUCUGUUGAUAAUAAGUAUUGGAAAGAAUAUAGAGAUCAAAUGGGAGCAUUAAAAAUGGAAAAUAUGAAGCUACUUCAGGAAUUGAUAGAAAGUCAAAAAUCAUAUCAAACGUUAUUGCAACAAGCUCUCGAAGAGCAAAAAGUCCAAGUUAAUACACUGACACAUCUGUGUGAAAAUAUUAAUAGAAGAUCAAUAAGACAGGAAUCAGGUUACAAUUCUUGCAUUUUUGGAAAUAUAUCUCAACAAUCCUUAAUAUCUACUAUCGAUACGCACAGUACGGUUUCACAUCCGGAUACAGCCCUUGUCGAUUGGUUACAGAAUCUUCAAAUAGAUGAAACAUCAAUCGAUAGAAUUCUAUAUGAGGAAUAUACACUGGAGGAUAUUUUGCGUCAUGUUACACGGGAAGAUCUCCGUAGACUAAACUUAAGGGGAGGAAUUGAACUCAGGAUAUGGCAAGCCAUAUUGAGAAAUCGGGAGAAUAAUGGAAAUUAAAGUAUAAAAAUUACAAUACAAUUAUAUAUUUUACUAUUAUUUUUAGUGAUAAAGUGUCACUAAUACCUGGAAUUUAAAGCAGAGUAAAUAAUACUUGUUUAG